ACCGGCGGGCGGGGACACUCGGGUGGCCCGAGAUCGGCGCGCUACAGUGCGCGCAAAGCGGAGCGCGAACUUUUUUCAAAAAUUACCCCGAGAGCGCCAAAAUUCAGAAGGUGAUUGAGAAAUCGUCGGAUCACACGUGAAACGAAGGUCAUUCAGAAUGCCAGAAGUUGAUCCAUCGUAUGAGGAGCUCGAAUGGGUGACCGUCAAACACUUGGAUGAACCCCGGGAGAGAUUCGCAGAUGCGAAGAGGAAAUUUCGAGAAAAUCCUUUCCUACCAAUAGGACUACUCGGCACCACGCUGUGUUUGGCAUUCGGUUUACGAGCAAUGAUGCAGGGAAAUCGAGCGCAGUCCCAAUUGAUGAUGCGAGGCCGAGUCCUGGCUCAAGGGGCAACUGUGGCUGCCCUAGUUUUCGGUUUCGUGAUCAAAUCCCAAAAAGACCUGAAGAAGAUGGCCGCCACUGCUGAAAAGAAGAGCGAAUAAUCGUCUGACUUCGUUUCUCAGAUAUCGAGGAUAAUCGAAAAAACUGUUUCCUCCCCACGCUGUCGGUUAUAGAAAAUACGCCGCCUACCAAUAAACUUAAUGUGCUAG